AUGGCCGAGAAUCGUACACUUGGUUGGGAAAGAGAUAAUUUACCCAAUUCUCUCUGGUUUGCUGCUGAUUGCAAGAUCAGUGUGAGCCCUCAACAAAUGCGAGCAGGACAAUGCCGCCAGACCUGUGGUAUGGCUGUGGGACUGGAGGACAUCAAUUCCAAAUCGUCCCGUCUACUUACUUACAUAAUGGAUUUCUCUCUCAUCGCAAACACAAAUCUCACGCUUAAGUACUUCCUUGCCAAGACAAUCCCGCAGAACUGCAAAGUUGGUGUUUCUAAUCAACUGCUUCUGAUCGUCGUCGUCUUGAUUGCCGUCAAGGGAUUGCUUUGCGUUGUUGUCUUAUUCAUCUUGCCAAAAGAUCAGCCUCUUGUUGUUUUAGGCGAUGCGAUUGGGUCUUUUAUCCAGUUUCCAGACCAAUUCACAGUUGAUAGAUGCCUAUUGGACAGAGACAUUGAGGAAGCCAUGGGAGCUGGUUAUCAAUUUGCAAUGACAGCUGCACCAGCGCGUCAAAGUUGGAUGUCUGCUAUAGAACCGAAAACCUGGACCAAGACCUAUGCAGUAAUGUCCAUGAAUGUUAUUCUGCUAGCUGGAGGGUUCAUCGCGGCUCAAAGAAACACGCCCAUCGUCGGACAAAGUAUGUUACAGAGCAUGAGCAAUGGGAUCUUAUCUGUCUCUCAAGCAUCAGCAGGAAAGAUCGUCGACUUCGUUCUCAGGGCGAAUCUGCCGCAACUCCUUCUCUCAGUCACUUAUUUCAUGUAUAACAACAUCUACACUUAUCUCUGCACGGAGAAAGAGUGGAAUUCAUUUUGCGGAGAUUACCAGCCGCUCCAGGUAUCCCAGCCCAAGGGCAAGCAACGGUCAACAUACCGGCUGCAACUGCCCUAUCGUUACAGUAUCACCUUGAUAGUUGUUAGCAUAUUUAUGCACAGGCUAGUCUCUAACGCUAUCUAUGUAUUUCUUGCCGAGGGAGACUAUUAUGAACUUGGCCGACUGGCUAAAGGAUCUCCGGCACUUGAUGCAGAUCUUUCGGGGUCAGGCCUGAGUAAAGGCGCUUGUAUCGGUGUUGGAUACUCAACUCUGACGAUAUUAAUUCUUCUAAUAACCUCCAUUAUCCUCCCCAUUUUUCCAACUCUAUUGAGACGGAGAAAGGCGAAGACGCCGAUGCCCCUUGCAGAAGCGAGUUCUGUGGUCAUUUCUGCAGCUUGUCAUGUUCCUAUCAUAGACGGCAGCAUUAUGUGUGGCGUUCAAGAAAGGAAUUUGCGAAAGGACCAGUUUGUGGCGAUAAAAGAUAGAGAGAACGCCAUUUGUUUGAGCGAAAUACCAGGAACCAACGAAAGGCAAGAAUUGCUAGUAUUGGCGGAUAGCCAUAUUUCAGAAAUCGAACAAGGAUCAUGCUCCGAUCUGUCUCGUCUCGAGAAUGGUCCAACUCUAGAUGGAGAGAGUUUCCUACGCGAGGUUACACAAAACCCGGUCCGCUGGGGCGUGGUCAAGACAUCGGCCUCCUGGAAAUUGAAGCAUGCAAACACAAGCAGUUCAAAUGAUACCGUCGGGCACUUUAGUUUUGGCACGGAACUCCAUGAAGUCAAAGAUCCAGUCCCUGGGCAGUGGUAUAUAUAG